AUGCAUACUUUCCCUCGCUCCGUUUACAGUAUGUCCAAUGUGGAAGAUUCACACAUUUGUGUAGUAAUGGUGGGGCUUCCGGCUAGGGGAAAGAGCUUGAUUGCACAAAAGAUUGUUCGUUACCUCAAGUGGCUUUCAGUGAAUGCCAAGUCCUUUAAUGUUGGAUCCUACCGCCGUGCCGAUACCCCAAGGCCUACAGCCGAAUUCUUCGAUACCAGCAAUCCCGAGGGCGAGCGGCUCCGCCGUGCAGCUGCUGAAGCUGCAGUUACUGACAUGCUCCGUUGGUUUGAGCAUGAGAACGGCCAUGUUGGUAUUCUUGAUGCUACCAAUUCUACCAAAGCUAGGAGGGAGUGGAUCAAGGAGCGCUGUGUGGCUAAGGGAUAUGAUGUUCUCUUUGUUGAGAGCAAGUGCGAUGAUGAGGACUUGAUCAUGAGCAAUAUUCUUGAAGUCAAGACAACAUCGCCAGACUAUGUCGGUCAAGAUCCUGAAUUGGCUGCUAGGGAUUUCAGGGAGCGCAUCAGGAACUACGAGAAGGUUUACGAGACAGUCGAUGAGCCCGACUCCACCUAUGUAAAACUCAUCAACGUUGGAUCUCAAGUGAUCAUCAACCAAGUAUCUAAUUACCUCCAAACGAGGAUUAUUUACUUCACCAUGAACCUUCACAUUACCCCGAGAAGCAUCUGGUUGUCCAGGCAUGGUGAAUCCGAAUUCAAUGUGCAGGGGAAAAUCGGAGGUGAUGCCAGUCUUUCUCCCCGUGGAUUGGCUUAUGCCGAUGCGCUCCCGGAACUGGUUAAGCAUUCCAUCGGAGACAAGAAUGUGACCUUAUGGACCUCUACAAUGAAGAGGACUAUUCAGACCGCUAGGCAUCUCACAUAUCUCAAGAAGCAGUGGAAAGCUCUGGAUGAGCUUGACGCUGGUGUCUGCGAUGGCCUCACAUACGAAGAGAUCGAGAGCAAAUACCCGGAGGAUUUCCGUGCCCGUGAUGACGACAAGUACAACUACCGUUACCAGGGCGGUGAAUCUUAUCGCGAUGUCGUUAUCCGUCUUGAGCCCAUUAUCAUGGAAAUGGAGCGUGGGGAAAAUAUCAUGGUCGUUACUCAUCAGGCUAUCCUGCGUUGUAUCUACGCCUACUUUAUGAAUAUUCCACAGGAUCAGUCUCCCUGGAUGGAAAUCCCGCUGCACACAGUUAUUAAACUUACUCCAAGGGCCUACGGCACACAGGAAGAAAGAUUCAAGGCGAAUAUCCCAGCCGUCUCGACAUUCCGUGCCAAGUACACCUCUGCCAACAUGGGCGGCGAGGAAGGCUUGGUCGACGAGGACAAAGUCCUCUCCCCAGCUGCUACUGGCGCCCAGGUCAACGGAGUAGUUCACCCGGAUGAGGUUGAAUCAAUUGUUACACCUCAUCACACAGCUACCACUCCCGCUUAG